AUGGGCUUCCUUAGUAUAGUAAGGAAGCUCCGCGAAAAGGAAAAGGAGAUGAAAUUGCUGAUCAUCGGCCUCGACAACGCGGGAAAAACCACCAUAAUAAGACGGUUUAACGGCGAGCCCAUCGACACGAUUGCCCCCACCCUAGGCUUCGACAUCAAGACCUUGCAGCACAAGCAAUAUACCCUAAACAUCUGGGACAUCGGCGGCCAGCAGACGAUCCGGACGUACUGGCGCAAUUACUUCGAGGUGACCGACGGGCUCGUCUGGGUCGUCGAUUCUGCCGAUAGGUGGCGCCUGGAUACUUGUAGAGAUGAGCUCAAAGAUUUGCUGCAGGAGGAGCAGCUCGGCGGGGCCUCUCUCCUAAUCUUCGCGAACAAGCAGGAUUUACCUGAUGCCCUAAGUGUGGACCAGAUCGCCGAGCACCUGGAUCUCGGCGCGCCGCAAUUUAAAAAAAGGCACUACUGCAUCAAGGCGUGUAGCGCCCAGAGCGGGACGGGGCUGUUGGAAGGGAUCGACUGGAUCGUCGACGACAUCGGCGCUAGGGUCCUAA